GUCGCUUCCGCGUCGUCAGUAAAUCGGUUCCCCGAAUUGAGCCCCCGGCCAGUCCAGGAUGUAUACCCAAUAACGCCCGCAAUAAACGUACCUUCCCGUCGCAGAUAUCUCGCCGGUCCCAACAAAACAACCCCCCCACUGAGCCACUCUCCAGCCGUGUGCGCCUUGCGCGGAUUGAACACUACAUUUACAAGAUCAACCCGCUCAAUACCACCAUAGAGGUUCAACAUGUCAAUCGCGUCAAGGCAGCUCAAGAAAGCAGCCCGCAUCAUCCUCGUCGGCGCUCCCGGCGUCGGCAAGGGCACCCAGACCGAGCGCCUCCUAACCCGCUUCCCGGAGCUGGCUUCCAUAAGUUCAGGCGACCUGUUACGAGAGAAUGUUCGCAACAAGACACCGCUCGGCCUCAAAGCCGAAGCCGCCAUGCAAGCAGGCAACCUCGUCCCCGACUCCAUGAUCCUCGAACUCAUCUCCAACGAAUUCAAACACAAGGGCUGGCUCACGGGGGGUCCAUCGCCGUCCGUCUCCUCCGCGGCAUCAUUCAUCCUCGACGGAUUCCCCCGCACAGCCACCCAGGCAAACAGUCUCGACGCGCUCGUUCCAGUCAACUUCGUCGUGCACCUCGUCACGCCGCCGUCGGUGAUCCUCUCGCGCAUCGCAUCGCGCUGGGUCCACGAGCCAUCCGGACGGGUCUAUAAUACCAGCUUUAAUGCGCCUAAGGUCCCGGGCAAGGACGAUGUCACUGGGGAGCCGCUGACGCAGAGGGAGGAUGAUUCGCUUGAGACGUGGACGCAGCGGUUGUGGAAGUUUGAGGAGACGAGCAGGGCGUUGCUGGAUCAUUAUAAGCGGAGGGGGUGUUUGUGGCGGGUGGAGGGCAAUUCGAGCGAUGAAAUUAGCCCGCAGUUGUUUGAGGAGAUUGGGAGGCGGUUUUGUUGAUGUUUCUCUGUGAUGUUUUU